ACCCUUUAUCAAAAUUAGUCUUGGAGUAUUGCAUUUGUUAAACUUCAAACUUCUAUCAGAAUUCUAUGAUCAGAUUCUGAGACUAAUUUUUCGAUGAAUUCCAUUCACGAGAUGCUAAACUGAGCUUAGAGAAAUAGAAAAACACUAGUGACAGAAAUUAAGAGGGAGAGAAAUGGUAGGACCACAGAGGCCUCAGUUUGUGCUAUUUGGAUCUUCAAUUGUUCAAUUAAGUUACAGAAAUGGUGGAUGGGGUGCUGUUCUUGCGGACAUCUACGCGCGCAAGGCAGAUAUAUUGUUGCGUGGGUAUAAUGGUUGGAACUCAAAACGUGCUCUUGAAGUUGUUAAUCAAGUUUUCCCCAAGGAUGCAGCUGUACAACCUUCUUUGGUUAUAGUGUACUUUGGGGGCAAUGAUUCUGUUGCGCCUCAUCCAACUCGCUUAGGCCCUCAUGUCCCACUAUCAGAAUACACUGAGAACAUGCGAAAGAUUGCUACUCAUCUUAAGAGCCUGUCAGAAGAAACUCGCAUUAUAUACCUUAGUCCUCCACCGAUGAAUGAUGAAAAAUAUCGUGAAUCAAAGAGUUAUCUACGUAGUGAACAAGUACGAACAAAUGAGAAUUGUCAGAUAUAUUCAGAAGCUUGUAAAAGUCUGUGCAAGGAGAUGGGUUUAAAGUUUGUUGAUUUGUGGACUGCAAUUCAAAAGAUGGAUGAUUGGAAGAACACUAGCUUCACGGAUGGAGUUCAUUUAUCUUCAGAAGGCAGCAAGGUAGUUGUGGAGGAGAUACUAAAGGUGCUGAAGGAAGUCGACUGGAAGCCGUCACUACACCCUAAGUCCUUGACAGCUGAAUUUGGAGAGUACUCUACAAAUUAUCUCGUAUCUCCCCGAUUGAAACAUAAACUAUAAACCCUUGUAAAUGGAUCUUUCAUGUUGCACAAAUAUACAAUUGGCAUCAUAUUGUCCCGUCCCACUAACAAUGGGCAUCUUAUACUUAGAUGGAGAAUACACAAAACUUGUGUUCUACAAAUUGAUAAUCACAUCCUAGGAAUGGUGAUGAGGGUUGUCCUAAAUCUAGGUAAAUUACUUGGUUACCCUUGAUUAAUUUAUUUAUUUACUUUUUAAUUUUU